AUGGCGCCUCCCACUUCUCCUCACCAUACACACCCUAAAAAUGCAACUCAGCACCCUGGACUUGUGCUUCUUGAAGGUCAAAAGAAGCGACGUACCAAAGCCCAGAUCGCACAGGACAAGGAGCAUGCCCUGGAAGCACAGGCUAUCAAGGAAGCUACUGUGCAGUGUGGAGUUAAUUGGCUUGCAGGCAUUGAGGCUGCCAUGGAGGUGCAGCAGGCGACUGAGGCAGCCAACAGGGCAAAACCAGUAAAACCCUGGGCUAGACCAGUGAAGAAGAAGGAGAGUGUGAAGGAGAGUAUGCAAGGGGCAACUAGUGAGCUCACCUCAGAGAAUCAUCCAGUGCAAGCUGUAGUUCAAGAUGCGGGUGGUCACCGCACAGCUAAUAGCAUGGGUGUGGGUGCAGGCAAUGGCAAGGCAAUUGGAAACAAGGCAAUUGGAAAUGAGGCGGUUGGAAAUGAGGAGUUUGAGAACGAGGGCAGAAAGACAAAGAAGAAAAAGAAGGCCAACCCUACCAUAUCACGUGAAGCGAUAAGCGCUGCAACAAGGCAGAUCCAACAAGUUUGA